GCAAUUCAAUGUUAUUGGUUAUAUCUAGUUGCAUACUCGCAUGUAUCGCGUCAAGUAGGUUGGGGGCGUCGCGGAUAUUUUGUUGGGGGUGCUACGUGCAAGUCGAGACAGCGCAAGCGCCAGCGCUCCCAAACAAAAAAAAAAAAAAAAAAAAUGUGAAAAACGAGUGAGUUCCAGCAGAUAAUUUCCAGCAAGUUGAAUCAUAGUGAAUUUGUCAAACCAAAAAGUGGCCAAAAAAAGUGUAACUAGACCCACCAAAAAAAAUAAAUAAAUAAUAAGAAUAAAAUAAAGCUAAAAGAAGAGGUAAUCAGCAAGAAGAUGGAACAAAUCUGGCGAAAUGUUUGCGCUCAUUACGAUGUGCCCGAGGAUGUGAGCAGCACUUGGUUUACACGGAUCGAACAGCAUCUGAGCGAUGACAGUCCCACACGCGCCUAUCACAACUGGCAGGAGAUGAUGCAGCGCAAGCACUCGCAUCUGUCCGACUGUGCGCCCAGCAUUGCACUUGCUGCCUUCUUUCAGUAUUAUCAUUUCGAUGGCAAUCGUAGCUGUGUGGAACAGAAUUGUGAGGUAUUCGAUGAAUUUUGUCGCGAUGCCAACAUUGAGGAUGAGGAGGCUAAGUCGCUGGUGUGUAAUCUGCUGGGUCGCAAAUCGCCUGAUAAUGAGGUCACCUGGUCGCACGAUGACGAGGCCAAUUUGUUGCAGGAUGUGGAUCUAGUUGUGCUUGCCGCACCGCCGGAGGAGUAUAAACACUACACUCAGCUGCUGCGGCACGAAUAUGCGAAUCUGGACGAUGGGGUCUACAAAUCGAUGCGUAUUAGGGUGUUGGAAACACUGCUGCUCAUACCGUGCAUAUAUGCAACAGCUGAAUACCAUGACAAGUACGAGCAGCUGGCGCGGACCAACAUAAGCAACGAGAUUAAAGAGCUUAAGGAGCUUAAGGAGUAAAGUGAUGCAGUUGUCAGUUGUCACAGUAGUUAGUAAAAGGAUUCAUUCUGCUUUCUCUACUAAUCUGUUGCCUUUAAUAACUAUAUAUGGUUAUAAAUGUGUUGUUUAUUUUACUGAAAAUUGAAACUUGGUGGUUGAGACAUAUUUUAAGUUGUUUAGCUAAUGAAAUUUGUCUAAUCUAAGUGUAUUCAGGAACUUCAUUAGCUGCAUUAACAGUGAAGCGCCAAUUAACAAUAUUUAGCCUAUUGCUGUUUAAUCCUCGUCAAAUUGGAGCCAUAUGCAAAGUGGAGUCAAAUUGAAUGUAUUCACAAUGUAAUUCUGAUACAUCAUGAUAUAUGAUAUGAUAUAUGAUAUACGUAAGCUUUCUGGCCUGUCAAAAA